AUGGGAGUCGACAUGCAGUUCGCCAACCUGCUCUUCCUCGCCUCCGCCGUCGCGGGCGGCGUCAUCCCCCUGUUCCGCGGCACGCGGACGGCGCCGCUCCCCUCCGCCGCGGUGAUCCGCGACGCGCCGGCGGUGACACCCGGCAGCGUCCUGGCCCCGCAGAACUUCGCGCACAUCCAGGAGGACAGGCGCAAGCAGCACCGCCGCCGGCCGGCUGCCGAGGCGCAGCCCGAGCUCCGCAUCUAG